CGAAGCCGGUCAGACCCAUGUAUAUUGGCGUAAAACUGCAACCAACCGAAAGCCAUCGUUAGUGCCAUAUCACUACGUACGAGAGCAGAAUAGCAUGUACCUGUGGUUGGAUGUUAUAUGUCGAGGACACGGGGCCCUGCCCCAAAUGCAUUCAUAUGAUGCUAACCGCCCGCGACUCAAGGGAUGCCAAAAUCAGCGUAGGUCCUGUGACACGUUACGACCCUACUCUCCCCGGGCAUCUGAGCUCAUUAGUCUUGUUUCUUCCUCUUCUUCCUCUUCUUCCUCUUAAUUCGCAGACCUUGGUUCUCUCGUCUACUCAACAGCAUGUCUUCUUCGAUUACCCCAGCAGAGCUCGUAGCUCACAUUGAAGCUUUCACGAGGAGUCCAGCCGGACUAAAAGAUAACCCGGAGCUACACUCUCGCCUUUAUGAUGCAAGCACAGCACUUAGCCGGGCAAUUGAGCAGCCCGCCGAUAUGCUGGCGCGUGUCAUUUGUAAUCAGCCUGCAGAGCAUGCAUAUUUCAACGUUGCCUGGGACCUCAAACUCUUCCCUCUUCUUGCUAGUCGACCAACACCGUGGAAGUCAGAGGAACUUGCCGAGAUAGUAAAAGUCGAUGAUGUACUCCUCGGUCGCAUCCUCAAAGGUCUGGUGGCACAUGGCGCAGUGAAAGAAAGGACCACAAAUCAGUAUGCGCUGAGCCCUUCGUUUGCCAAAUUCGCUGAAGUUGGGCUGGGAGAUAGCGCAAUCUUCAUGAAGAAGACCUAUGAGGCUUUACCGGGCUUUCUUAGCUCGUCAGGCUAUUUAAACCCGAGCAACGCACUGGAUACUGCAGUACAGCACGCGUUUGACGUCAAGGGAAAAUCUCUUUAUGAGAUUUUCGGAGAACAGGCCGCAAGAGGAGUUCAAAGUGGAGCUGGAUUCAGCAUCUUAAUCACGGGACUCGCUCAAGGCAGUACUCAAUUCUUCCGUCAAUAUCCAGUGCAAGCCUUGAUUGAUGGUUAUCAGGCCGCGCGAGACACCGCCAUGCUCGUCGACGUUGGCGGAAACUUCGGACAACGUACCGUCGCUCUCAAAGAGGCAUUCAAGGAGCUUCCAGGGAAGCUCUAUGUACAAGAUACGCCUGACGUGAUCGCGAAAGCACCAAAAAGGCCGGAGUUGGAUAUUGAACACUUGGCUCAUGACAUUUUCACAUCUCAGCCCGAGGUCACCAGAGUUAUGCAUGACUUUCCCGACGAGAAGAAUGUGGAGCUGUUAAAGCAUUUAGCAGACGUAAUGACUCCAGGCUAUUCGAAGCUCAUAGUACAUGAGAUAUGUAUCCCCGAGACUGGUUCAAGCGUCUGGGCAUCAACUCAAGAUAUGAACAUGAUGUCGCUCCUGGCGGUCGGCGAGCGAAGCGAGCGACAGUGGAAGACACUAAUCGAACGAGCUGGUCUAAAAAUCGCCGCAACGUACCCUGCAUCUGACGGUAUUUCCGAGAGUGUAAUAGAAGUAGAGAAGGUUAUAUAA